AUGUGUUGGGGUACCAGUACCAGGUUAAACAAUGACAUGUUGCUAUGGGAACCAAGUGCUCCAGCCCCAGUUACAGUACAACGUGAUCACUAUAUGAUGACUAACACUGUAGAUGUAAAUGUUUAUAGUCCACUGCAUACAGGUGAACACUUCUCAAUGGCAAAAUCUGGCAUACAAAUAGAAUCUGACUCUGAUGAUGAUGAGAGUAUAAAUCACUACAGUAUACAUGACAGUCGAUAUUCACGACGGAAACGUCCCCCAAGACAACAACAGAGUAAACUGUGCCUUAAUCUAAACAUUGGUAAAGGAAGGUUGACAGCAUUCACUGAUAGCAAGGAUACAAAUGGUUGUAUACAGCAGGAUUCACACGGUGAAGUGUUGGCACAGAUAUCAGAUCUUCUCCUGUUUACUGUUUCUGCUCACAAUGGUGAUCCUAACAUUCAGUUUGUCAACGUCCUUGUCAACAGAGCUGACCUCUAUCAUAGUGCUUGUGUAUCAAACACAGAGAUGCUGCCAUUGAUAGAGUGUGGUGAGUUAACUGCACCGGUUCCUCCACAUCUUCAACACAACCAUGUCAUCUACCGGUCCGAGCCUGGUGUUCUAGUCAACACUAGAGAAGAUAUAGGAACCGGGACUGAUUCACAAGAUAUGGUAUCAGUGGCUCUUAAAAUCAAACUAGACAUUUUAACAUCAAAGAAAGACUUAACAGCUGAUGAAAUUGUUAAGGAAUUUCUGGUGUCCGUGGGUGUGAAAGGAGCAACAAUGAGACAUAAGAUGUGUCCACCAUACUGUAAUGUUUUUGUUCAGAUGAUGGAUUUUCUGGAUGUAAAAGAUUAUCCUAUACUAGGAUAUGUAGAUCCUAAAGUUCUUACAGAACUUCAUGUGCAUUUGUGGACAUGUGCAAUAGACUAUAGACCUAGUUUUCUUCCCAUACGAUCUGUGAUAUUAGCUGAUUCAUUUUCCAUAUCCAGUAACAUUGUUACUGAGUCUUCCAUUUCAUUGUUAAG